AUGCGGAGAAGCUACGCUGAGCUCGCCCUGCCGGCGACCUCAUCGCGAACGCCUCAAUGCCAGCCAACUUCGGACCUCUGCCUCUUUGUGAUCAAGGGGCGAGCCAUCAUCUUUCGUCGCGACCACGAGCGCGGCGCCGCCCAUGGCCUUGAGCUCCGGCGCGGGAUCUUGAACGCUGCUAUCGAUGUAAUGGCGCGCGCCCAGCUCGAACGCGAACCUCUCCUUUGCGGGCCCGGAGCUGAUGGCCGCGACGCAUUAGCCCAUCUUGUUGGCGUAUUGCAUAGCGACGAGGCCGCCCCGCUCGAUUUCCAUCUUGUGGAUGCCGUUGAAGACGGUGACGCCGGCGCAGUGGAGGGGCGCCGUCUCGGCGGGGUCUAG